GAGCCCGGCCUCCGUUCUGCUGCUCGCGGUCCGAGGAGCUCGUCGAAAGCUCGUGACGACGGGAGGGCCUGAUUCUGUCGCUGCAGCUGCUGCUGCUCCAGCUCCAUUCGGCGAGGCUUGAGAAUCGGUCGUGCAGGGCUGAGAAUUUCGAUUGCGCGAGGAUCGAACUCGAGAGGCGCCAUGGAGAAUAGGGUGGAGGAAAAGGAGCAGGAGCAGGAGGAGGAUGACGAUGUUCCGCAGCUGAACGCGAGCACGCUGGCGGUUCUGCAGGAGUUUCUGAAGGAGCAGCAGAAGGUGGAGGAAGCCGAGGCGGAGGGCGGAGAGUUCGGCAUGGUGCAGGAGGAUUGGCGGAUGAGUCAAUUUUGGUACGAGGCGAGUACGUCAUCGACGGUGGCCGACGAGAUUUAUUUUCUGAGUCGGAGAUUGCAGAGUGAGGAUUCUUCUUCUUCACCGUCACCGUCUCCGAUUGCUUGCAUCGCGUGCCCUUCCCUGUACUCGCAGCUCAAGAAAAGCUAUCCCGAUCUGCCAGUCCGAAUUCUCGAGUUCGACGAGAGAUUCUCCAAAUUCGGGGACGACUUCGUUUUCUACGACUACAAUCGCCCCACGGAUGUCCCACCGACAUUACGCGAGGCUUGUCAAAUUGUUGUUGCCGAUCCUCCAUACCUGAGCAGAGAGUGUUUGGAGAAGACUGUUCAGACCAUGAAGUACCUGUCGAAAAGCCCGGAUACAUCACCGAUGAUGAUUCUCACGGGAGCCGUGCAGCGCGAGAACAUUAGCGAGCUGCUGCAAGCUCGUCCGUGCAGGUUCCGUCCGCUCCACUCCAACAAGCUGGGCAACGAAUUCAUGCUCUUUACAACCUACGAUCCCCAAGAAAGAUUAGGAGGCUGGGAAGGUGAUUUGUAGGCGGAUUGUGUCGUACGAAGUUUGCUCAUCGUUAGACUCGAUCUCCGUGGGGAUAGUAGAUACUCACCAAUAUCACUUCCGGAUGGCAACCGACUUUAAAUCAUCCUUCCAUGUGAAGUAGUCUUGGGCCCAGGGUUUAACAGAGGCUUCGAGGAGUCCUUAAUUCGGUGGACAUGCUUAGAUUUGUUCAUGUAAGAGCGAUCUAAGCCGUGUCCUCACGCACUAAUGCUGCCACAUUUGUCGAAUCGGAGUUUUGGCAGUUCGCAGUACGAAGUUUUACAGGUUCUUGAUGUGUACUUUUAUAAAAUAUACUCGGAUCUUAGAUGGCACCAUUUUACGGUGUUGAGGUGUGCUACAGCUUCACGGCAUUUUAUAAGGAAUGACCGUAAGGCAGGAGUUCAUUAACCUUCUGAACCGAUUCUGAUAGUAAUCAAGCUCGAGGCACAUGAAUGGAGUAUUGGCGUCCAGCUCGGCGAAGUGUGUAAUGGUUUGAGCUGAAAGAGCCUGCUUGUCGUAGGAGAGGGAAUUUUGUCCAAUUGUACAGACAGUGUGCCAGCUACUCGCCAGCUGCUGUGUUUCUGGACUGGAUCCUGAGAGUGAGAGGAGCAACUCGAAUUCAAGCUGUUAAGAAACCAGAGAAAGAGCUUCAUUCCGAGAUCGUCGACAUUGUCAGAGAUUACAAGCAUGCUUGAUGUGCACCUUCGGGCCUGUAGGUCUCCAGAUCAAGAAAGUUCGGGAGGACAUCCGCAGUUGGUGAUGGAAUCCAGCAAGCACAGCGAGUCUAAACACCUGCUGAGCAACGCAGAGUAGAAUCGUUGCAAAAAACUGGUAUUCACUCAACUCUGCUGCAAGUCGAAGCAAAGCAUACGCGCUUCUGCUGCGUAGUUCUCUCUUGGUGCCAACGGUAACCACAUUUGCACCUUGAGUUGGGCUUGUGAGGAGACUCCUAAGUUAGUCCAGUCAAAAGAAGACCAGAUCGAAUCGGUUGAAGGCUGAAGGCAUUGGCAAAAUCAUCACCUUUGAAGCCGUGGGCAACAACAGCUAGACGAACAUGAAAAGAACUGGGUUGAAAUUAUUUCAAUUUUUUUGAGACAGAUGUGGCUGUGAACAAUCAGAUGAGGAAUUUGUACAAGAUCAAAUCUCAUGUCGGACGUCUAUUACAAGCGAAACGAUGCUCCUACAAUUGAGCGGGGAAUCCUAAUGUCCAGGCCCAUACUAGAUAGGAACAGCGUAGUUUCUACAUUGGACUCAUUUUGCACCAAACUGACUUUCGAAUCUCGAACGAUCUCAUCUCUCUCUACCUGUAGCAUUAUCAGUACAGUAUGGUACCUAUACAAUAUACAGGUACGUUCACCAGUGGAUGCCAACCAUCCAAACCGAAGCAUCUUUAGCAUCUGUCAACCAAACAUUCAGAUCGGAGGAAGAUUUACAAGCUGAAGUGAAACUUCAAAUCACAAACUGAACCCAGAAAGCAAAUUGAUGGACUCGAAAUGUAAGUCAUAUGUUUGGCCAAAGAGCAGCCAGGUACAUGAUAUAUCAAAUCUAAUGAAUUGUUUUCAACCAACAAUUAAGC